GAGUUGUAUCAAUUGAUCAAGUUUCUUGGCAAGAUGAUGGUCCGGGUGUUUUUAGUCGUUCUGCUAGUCGGUUGGUGCCAUGCCCAGGAUGGUUCUCCAGUCAUUUUGUACCCUUGCGGUGUUUCCAACAUUGAUAUGGACUGUGUGAGGGCUUUCAUGUACCAGAACAUUGAUUGCACUCCGUCCUGCCACUCGGACGGCCAGCCGGUGUCCAUGCCGACGCAGUAUGCGUACUUGCCAAGUCUGAACGUUACCGCCAUCAGCUCAGGCGUCGAGGUCACGUACGGUGGUAGCCAGGUCGUUGCAUUCUACUUGAAUACGGCGACUAAUAUACUUGUGUUUGCUCUGGAUUUCUCAAGUUUGGAGUUUUACUCCUCAAGCACCUUAUUCCAAUUAGCUCAAAGGAGAGCGGAGCCUAAAACAGUCUCUGACUACGUCAGAGUAACCUAUGCUCCCGAGCUGACAGCGAAUAUAAAAUAUCGCCCACUAAUGGGGCUCACGUUUGACGACGUCACCGUGACAGCCUACCACAAAGAGCCAUUCCCCUACUUCGAAGUCGGGCCGAACGUUACACAAUCACCAGAUCCUGAGGUGCGGCGCAAGCUUCAACUUCUGCUCAAUGACGAGACGACAGCGGUGCAGGAGUUGUUCCUGACGGCGGCCUAUUACGAUUUCUUCGGCUUCGUAAAGGCCUACUUGUGUGAUUUCGGCUCCGAGUAUAAUGGGGCCGUCAACAGGUCCUAGAGUAAUACUAUGUUCGAUUGCUCUUUGGUAAAAAUAAUAAAUGAAAAAGAAGUUAAA